AUGUCAAGAAUUGAGCGCGGCAGCACGAGGACGCCAUGGAAGCAACCCCGCUGUCCUCUUCCCGAGGGGAAGAAUCUGGCGCAAGAAACCCUACCCCUAGCCCUCCAUCCACGUCGACGUCGCCGUCGCCGUCGCGGCUAUGGAGGCCGGCAGCCCAGAGGAACCUCAGGAACCAAUGGUCGAAGCUUCUCUCUACCAAGGACCGGUGGGUCUCCGCGGUAUCGGAGGGGAGAUCCUGCGCCACUUCUCUCGUCAACGCGUAUCUAUCACGCAAGUAUUUGCCGGAGAUGGAUUUGGGCGUUCUGAAGGAUAUGCCCGGGAUUCGGAAGAAGGCUUGCGAUAAAUUGGCUCAGAAGCAGGAGCUGUAUCGCAACAUGCUUAUAUCUUCUUAUAAGGAAAUGGUAGUUGCUGUUUCUCACUUGGUGAAAGCAUCUAGCUCUAUGCGAUGUUUUCUUAAAGGAUCCGUAGCUGGCCCCCUUGUACAAUUUUGUGAUCAUCCUGAGGACAAGAAUGACUUUGGAGAUGGUGGAGGGAUUCCAGUGUUCUCAUAUUUCCCAAUCUCACAUUUUGAAAAUCUUGCUCAAGAGCUUGUCGAGAUGUUUGCUUUAGAGCUAAGUUUGAAGCGGCUACUAGUGGUCGAGCUACUCUCCAUUAGUUGUAGCCAGAGCACAGGACAAAUUAAUGGAUUAAAAUGGUCAGAUGAGGUAUACCUUGGAGAAUUUGAUGAUUUGAGAAUAAAUGGCCUGUAUUCUGAAGAAAGUUGUGAGCCACUACGUCCACAAAUAAAGAAUUGGGAAUCCUGUAUCCGUUUGACUGGGCACUUAGACCAUCCUCCAAAAAGUGAAGUUUUGCAGGUGUAUUUAACUACAUGGCUUGCCGAAGUGAACAUUAAUAUGAAUAGGUUAAGUGAAAUAUUUGCCACAGUUGAAGAAGAAAUGCAAGUCAGAUUGUCAUGAAGUUUACAACGAAUCUCCUCGACUGAAAACAGGGAAGAACAAUCUUUGAAAUGACUCUCAGCACAUGUUUUAUUUGGGGUAUGGAAGCAAAAAAAAAAGAUGUGCGUGGAAACUCAGAGAAAAAAGCAAGUGGUUUGCUCAUGCAGAAAACUUAGGUGAAAUUGAUAGUUAGUUUGGGGGGAUGGUUUGUAGAAAAACUAUAUAUAAUUUUCUGGGUUGCUUGUUUGUGUUAUUGAUGGAAACCAUGGCUUAUGUUCUUAUUAAUGUCUCAAAAAUCCACCCACUGUCUGAAGGCAUCAUAUAUUCAUAUGUGAGAAUGAUUAACAAAAUUUAAAAAAAGAAAGAGUGGUGUUUUUGUUCUUUUACUUUCACCUUCCAAA